UUCAUUUUUUGCGGUUUUGGUUUUUAUUUUCUAAACCGUCAUCGAGGCAAAAACGUUAUCGAACGCACCGAAGUUUUCAUCCGGGUGUUUAAAUUUUUUUCCCGCCUUCAACAUUCUGUGACGUAUUGUAUUUAGAUCGUCUGAUCCUGAAUUCUAAAAGAAGAUUGCUUUUGCAUUUGGUCGUAGUUGCUUCGCACAAGUUUCCUUGGCUUAUCAGUUUUAAACGGCUUGUAGAAUUUUGAACAGCAAGUGUGAAAGAACAUCAUGGCAUCGAAAUUCCCUGUUUUACCUGGCAUGCCGAUACUGGAUUUCUCCAAUCUGGACAAACAAAAUGACAGCAUUAAUGAAUUCUUCACUAAAGCACAGCUUUCGAACAUGUCUGAAUAUGAGAAACUGCGAUUUAGGAACAUGAGAAAAAAUUAUGAAAUGAUGGCAUAUCUAGGAUUACCUGCCAUCAAACCAGACUUUAUGAAAUGUCGUCGAGGACAAACAAAAAGGAAAAGGAAGGACAUGUCUGAUGAUAGUGAUGAUGAGUGGACUCCUACUUCUGAAAGGAGGAAGAGCCAAAGAGAUAAGAGACCAGUACCUCAGUUCAGUUUUCCCAUCAAACAAGAAGCUGAUGUGCCUAGGAAAACAACAAAACAGAAGAAAGUAGAAACAAUAACAAAGCCUAAACCAGAAAAACGUGCAUCUAAAAAGAAUACAGGAAGCAAGGAGCCUACACACACAUACCCUUUGAGACCUGCCUCCUCAGCCGUUAGUUACAUGCAGAUCGAGGUCCCAGAUGAUGAUGAAUUUCUUUAUUGUGAAGAAUGUAACAAGGAAUAUGAAGGAGAUUGCCCUGAACAUGGACCACUGGAUAUUGUUGAGGACACUGAGAUUGUGGACAUAAAACCAAAGGGUAAAGAUCGAUCCCUUUAUACUUUGCCACCCAGCCUUUGUGUGCGGGAAUCAUCUAUACCAAAUGCUGGUCUGGGAGUUUGGUCUGACCGUGAGAUUCUACCGAGGACAAGAUUUGGUCCUUACAAAGGGAAGCAAACACAGGAUUUGGAUAAAGCACAUUCUACUGGAUAUGCAUGGCAGAUUUAUGAAAAUGGAAAGCCAAGCUAUUUCAUUGAUGCCUUUGAUAAAAUCCAUGCUAAUUGGAUGAGAUAUGUGAAUUGUGCAAGGAAUGAAGAUGAGCAGAACAUGACAGCUUACCAACACAAGGGACAAAUAUAUUACCGGACCCAUAGAGUGAUCAAAGCAGGCACCGAGCUACUUGUAUGGUAUGGGGAUGACUAUAGUGAUGAGCUUGGCAUCAGGAGAAGAGCUGCUGAAGACCCCAGUCAAUUAAAGCCGUUCACUGUCAAUGGAACAAGGAUGUUCAGGUGUCCUUUUUGUGGAAGAUGUUUCAGCUCAGAAGUAUGUAUACUUGGACACAGUAAAGCAAAGCAUGGGAUCUCUCAAUUCACAAUUGACCUUGCAAGGAAAAUGAUGGAGAAAAGAAAAGAAAUUGACAUGAAAAAGGAAUCACAAUUGUAUUUAGAUCAAGAACCUGUGAUUAAGAAAGGCUUUGAACACUCCAUAGAAAAUAAACAGGAUGUUAUGCAGAUAAAACAAUGUGCCACAAAUAUUAAAAGACCGAAAAACAAAGCUAGUGACUACAAUGGACUAAGCUUACAUUCAUUUAAGUGUAAUGUCUGUAGAAAAGUGUUCAAUAAGUCACGUCAACUACAGAAACACCUCAGGACACAUACAGGAGAGAACACCUCAGGACACAUACAGGAGAGAACACCUCAGGACACAUACAGGAGAGAACACCUCAGGACACAUACAGGAGAGAAGCCUUACAAAUGUGAUGUCUGUGGUAAGGGGUUUAGUGUGACACAUAGCCUACAGACACACCUCAGGACACAUACAGGAGAGAAGCCUUACAAAUGUGAUGUCUGUGGUAAGGGGUUUAGUGUGACACAUAGCCUACAGACACACCUCAGGAUACAUACAGGAGAGAAGCCUUACAAAUGUGAUGUCUGUGGUAAGGGGUUUAGUCAGACUGGUAACCUACAGACACACCUCAGGACACAUACAGGAGAGAAGCCUUACACAUGUGAUGUCUGUGGUAAGGGGUUUAGUGACACUAGUAACCUACAGAAACACAUCAGGACACAUACAGGAGAGAAGCCUUACAACUGAGAUGUCUGUGGUAACUUAAAAACACUCCAGGGCUUUCAUAGAAAUACUUUAUAAUGAUUAUAUAUUUAAUAAAUAUACUUAAGUUCACUUGCAUCCAAUCCAUAAUGACUAUUUCAUCAAUAUAUUAUUCUAAUGUGUAUAGCAUAAAGGUAUUUUAAUUCAAUUCAUUGUAUAUGUUAUUCUUGCAUGUUGUCUUGUGUAUAAUUUAAUAUUAAUGUCUAUUUAAUAAAUUAUGAAUACAAUUUUGUUUUAUUGCCAAAUAUGGUUAUGUCAACUGAGAAUGAUUUUCAUGUCCUGGUUCCAAACAUAUUGUCAAUUUCAGCAAUAAAUUUAUUGAAAUGAACACUGAACUGUAGAACUGCUUGUCAGUUACAGAAACUGACAACUUCCUGGUCAGAAAGAUAAAUCAAUAUUGUACAUCAGAUGUUACUUUUUUUGUCAUAAUAUUCUUCUGUUAAGAUUUACUUCUUUAGGUUAUAAAUUGAUUA